CAUGGCUCUAAAAGGACAAGAAGAUUAUAUUUAUCUUUUCAAGGAUUCAACACAUCCAGUGGAUUUUCUGGAUGCAUUCAGAACAUUUUACUUGGAUGGAUUAUUUACUGAUAUUACCCUUCAGUGUCCUUCAGGCAUAAUCUUCCAUUGUCACCGAGCUGUUUUAGCUGCUUGCAGCAAUUAUUUUAAGGCAAUGUUCACAGCUGACAUGAAAGAAAAAUUUAAAAAUAAAAUAAAACUUUCUGGCAUCCACCAUGAUAUUCUGGAAGGCCUUGUAAAUUAUGCAUACACUUCCCAAAUUGAGAUAACUAAAAGAAAUGUUCAAAGUCUACUUGAGGCAGCAGAUCUGCUACAGUUCCUUUCAGUAAAGAAGGCUUGUGAGCAGUUUUUGGUAAGGCAUCUGGAUAUUGAUAAUUGUAUUGGAAUGCACUCCUUUGCAGAGUUCCAUGUAUGUCCAGAACUAGAGAAGGAAUCUCGAAGAAUUCUGUGUUCCAGGUUCAAGGAAGUAUGGCAGCAAGAAGAAUUUCUGGAAAUCAGCCUUGAAAAGUUUCUCUUUAUCUUGUCCAGAAAGAAUCUCAGUGUAUGGAAAGAAGAAGCUAUCAUAGAGCCAGUUAUUAAGUGGACCGCUCAUGAUGUAGAAAAUCGAAUUGAAUGCCUAUGUAAUCUACUAAGUUAUAUCAACAUAGAUGUAGAUCCAGUGUAUUUAAAAACAGCUUUAGGCCUUCAAAGAAGCUGCCUACUAACUGAAAACAAGAUACGCUCUCUAAUAUACAAUGCCUUGAAUCCCAUGCAUAAAGAAAUAUCCCAGAGGUCCACAGCCACGAUGUAUAUCAUUGGAGGCUAUUACUGGCAUCCUUUAUCAGAAGUUCAUGUAUGGGACCCUUUGACAAAUGUUUGGAUUCAGGGAGCAGAAAUACCAGAUUAUGCCAGGGAGAGCUACGGUGUUACAUGUUUAGGACCCAAUAUAUAUGUAACUGGGGGCUACAGGACAGAUAACAUAGAAGCUCUUGAUACAGUGUGGAUCUAUAACAGUGAAAGUGAUGAAUGGACAGAAGGUUUGCCAAUGCUCAAUGCCAGGUAUUACCACUGUGCGGUCACCUUGGGUGGCUGUGUCUAUGCUUUAGGUGGUUACAGAAAAGGGGCUCCGGCAGAAGAGGCCGAGUUCUAUGAUCCAUUGAAAGAGAAAUGGAUUCCUAUUGCAAACAUGAUUAAAGGUGUGGGAAAUGCUACUGCCUGUGUCUUACAUGAAGUUAUCUACGUCAUUGGUGGCCACUGCGGCUACAGAGGAAGCUGCACUUAUGACAAGGUCCAAAGCUACAAUUCAGAUAUCAAUGAAUGGAGCCUCAUCACCUCCAGUCCACAUCCAGAAUAUGGAUUGUGCUCAGUUCCAUUUGAAAAUAAGCUCUAUCUAGUCGGUGGACAAACUACAAUCACAGAAUGCUAUGACCCUGAACAAAAUGAAUGGAGAGAAAUAGCUCCCAUGAUGGAAAGGAGGAUGGAGUGCGGUGCUGUCAUCAUGAAUGGAUGUAUUUAUGUCACUGGAGGGUACUCCUACUCAAAGGGAACGUAUCUUCAGAGCAUUGAGAAAUAUGACCCAGACCUUAAUAAGUGGGAAAUAGUAGGUAAUCUUCCAAGUGCGAUGCGGUCGCAUGGAUGUGUUUGUGUGUAUAAUGUCUGAUUGAAUCUGAGAAAUGACCAAGUAAUCACUAUUUUGGGGUGUAGUUUAAAAAAAAGCACAGGGUGUGGAGUCCCUUACUUGUUAUUGUCUGGCACAUCACAGGAGAUGGGUAAAUUUUAAUUCCUAACCCUGUUCUACUCCCGAGUCCAGUGAUUUAUGGUCAAGAAAAGUCUUAUGUAUACAUACAGUUGAAUCAGUGGGGUUAACUGUUCUAAACCCUGCUUUUCAAAAGUAAUAUGGAAUAUUUGACACUUGGUAAAAGGUCAAAUGCCUUUGUAGUAAAUUUUUUCCUCCUGGUAGCAUCAACACUGGGUAUAGGUCAAAAUCAUUCUGUGGAAUGAAAUGUCUUUUACAAGUCUGUAAUGUAGUAGUGUAUACUAAGGUUCCAUUUAGCUAGUAGGAAUUUGAAAUUUAAAGAGGGAAUCAUCUCUACCUCUACAACAUCAACACAACAUUUUUUUCACCUUUAGAAUUAUUUGGAAUGUGGACUUAAAUAUAGUUUUUUUUUCUUUGUAGUGUAUAUAAUUUAUUGCUAUUCUUUAUUUACUGACUACCAGAGGUAUGCAAAAUACUAUGCAGAUUGUUACUGUUCAAAGAGUUUACAAACUAAAUUUAAAAGGAUGGGAAGUCUGAAAAAUUGUAUAGAAAAUAGUCAAACAUUUGUUGAUGCUAUUUUUAGUUUUCACCUUUGAUGUAAAUUGCUUGUUUAGAUGUCUUUAAGCAUGUUAGAAAAUCCUCUGUAUUAAGUAUAGAUAAAUGUCUGCCUAUAAAAUUGAAUUUUAGAACCAAAAAGCAUGUACAACAGUUGUGAUAUAGUAGAAAAUACUUUGACAAGAAAUUUGCCUUCAUUUCCCAGUUCUGCCACUAACUAGAUUUUGUGACUUGAGUCACGCCACUUCUCCAUGAUUAGACAUCCCUGACCCAUGCACACUGGCACUGCAGGUCAUAGAUAUGCCUAGAUACAGAUCCCCAAUUCGGCAAAGGUAGCCUGGGUGGCUGGAGCCUCUAGGCCAGAAACACCUUUGUCCAUUUUCCCCAGUAUGCCUACAUACUACUUUCCAUGUGUGCCAUGACUUGAGAAAAGUUGGGAAGCAUUGCUUAAGUUGACUCAUCUAAACUUUUAGUUAUCUGUGAAACCAUCUAUUCUACACUUUUUUAAAAAGGAGCCAAUAAUUAUUUUUAACUUUAAAUACUGCAGUUUAAAACUACUAACACUUCUGAUCUUUAAAAAAAAAUUUUAGAAAGAGAUUGUUUAAUGCAUUCAUUUCAGAUGGCAUUUUAAGUAAAUACAACCUUUUGGGAAUGCUGUAUGUAGGUGUACUACAUAGCAAGAGCUCUAAAAAUGGCCCUAUCCUUUGCCCCAUAAAUUCUACUCCUACAUUUUUAACCUAAAGUAUGAUACAAAAAAAAGGUAAAUGCAUGAAGAUGUUUGUAUCUACAUUAUUUAUAAUAGCAAAAAAUUGGAAAAAAUCUAUAUGUCAGUGAAGAAAGUGGGCUAAUGAAAAUAGUGAGGUAUUAUACUGCCAUUAAAAUAAUUAUUUGGAAGAAUAUGUACAAACAUGGAUGUGUCUGUGAUAUGGUAAGUAAAUAAGCACAAUACAAAAUAGUAUGCACACUACGAUUGUGACUUUGUAAAAUCUUUGUGCAUGUGGAAGGUAAUAUACAAAAAAAUCAUUGAUCAGUGUGGGGGGAUACGGAAUGGUUUUUAAUUUAUUUAAAUUUUUUCUUUAAUAUUUGUGUUUUCAAUAAAAAUAAAUAAAUAACUAUACAUGGUAAGACUACUUGAAGGAUAGUCUGAAUUAGUGAAACAACUGAAUUAUAGACUAUUUCAAUCUAGAAUUAAAUUAUAGACUUUUAUUGUUCUCAAGAACAUUUAGCAAUUAAUGCUGGACUAAUAACAUGUUGCCCAGUAAUGCUUUAGAGAUCUGUUUUAUGGAACAGAUGAGAACAAUUUCAAUCACCUUUCCCUCCUUUGCCAAUUUAUCUAGGUCCUGUAAAAUCCUGACUCAAUUUCAACCUUCUCUAGGAAUUCUUUCCAGACUGUUUCAACUACAGUUAAAUUCCCAUUGAUACAUUUAAAGAAUUUAUCACUUACAUAUGCAUAAUGUGUCUCUUGACUAGUUUUGAGAUCAUGGACCACAUCUUAGUAUUCUCAAGGUCUAGCAUUUCAUAUGUAUAUCCAGCAUACUUUUUUUGGAGGACAAUGGUUUGAUUAUUUUUUCAGAAAAGCAUUCUGGAGAUGCUCGAAGGAUCUUGAAAAUAGUUUGUGAUCUGAAGCUCCUAUUUUCUAUUAAAUCACUUUUUGCAGUUCCUAUUUCCUGCAAAAUUAUUUUUUGCUAUUGAUUUGUGUACAGAAGAAAGGAUUAAGGAAGGUACACAAAUUUCUGUCAGUUAUCCCAAGUUCCAAAUCACUGGGGUAUGAAUGAAAAAUACUUUACUGCAGUUAAAUGCAAACCAAUGCUUUGGGAGGGCAAACACUAUUUUACAAUAUGAGAAAAGUUGUGGAGAUGAUUUUAAGCAUGACUUAAUUAAGAUGACUUUAAAGUAUCCAAAUUUUAAAAGUUGCUAUUUCUUACAGAUUUUAUUUUUAGUUUUUUUAGCUGAAACUAAAAGAAGAUCAGCAUCUAGGUACUUGCUUAAAGGCAUAUUAGCCUUUAUUUUCACAUUCAUGUAAAUAUUUACUAAUUAAGAUUAAAUGAGCUUCUCAGGAGGGGACCCUGAUCAGAUAGGAUAAGUGUUCUUAUUCGAAGAGAUACCAGAGAGCAAGCAAGCUCUUUCUACCACGUGAAGACAUAGCAAGAAGAUGACCAUCUGCAGGCCAUAAGAGAGUUCUCACCAGAAUCCAACCAUGUUGACACCCUAUGUCAGACUUCCAGCCUCCAGAACUAUGAGAAAAUAAAUGUCUAUUGUUACAGCCA